UCACUAUAUUUUCUCUUAUUUUUUAUUUGGAAACCCUAAGAUACCACCAAAAAAACACACAGAUAAGCAUUGAGAUUUUUUAUGCAGCAGAGUUUAAUUCAAGUCCCUCGUUUUCACCUUUAAUUUUUCUCUCAGAACACAAUUCUGAAAUGGAGAGCUGUAGAGAUGCAACUGCUAGCGCCAUUUCGUGUUGCAAUGAGUCCAUUCAUGCGGCGGGCCUUGCCUGUCCUGUAAAAGACAGUGGAGAACUUGAUGUUGACUUUCUCCAUGAUUUUGAUUCAUACGUGGAAGACAUCAGGGACGGAUUAAUCGUUUCAAGGAUGGUGAAUGACUCAAUCAUCAAGGGGAUGGUCAAUGCUGUUGCAGAGGCUGCCGAUAGGAUUGCUCAGAAAGAGUUGGAAUUAGCUAGGUUGAAGGAAAUGUUUAAAUGCUACCGUGUUGAUCUCGAUGAAAAUGAAUCCUUGAGGCCUUUACUGAUGAACAAUGAACCAAAACUUGAAAGAUCAAGUGCAUUUUCAAGAUUUUCAGAUGCUUUAUUUGAGCAUGACAAGGUACUCGAAUCUUUUGGCAGACUUAAAAGGACAUUUAAAGGACAGCUUAAGAAUCUCAGGAAAGAUAUUGACGAAAUCAGAGGGCAUGGUUCCGUUAGGAAGAUUAGUUCAGUUUCUGAGUUGGUAGGAUUGGGUGGCAUUUUGCAAGAGGACGAACCCAAGAAAUGGAUUGAUGUGGAGAAAACACUUGAUUCCAUAGGAAUAACCCUGGAUUCUGUUUAUGAGCAAAUGAGCAAUAUUGUUUACUCAUCAAAGGCUUCACUCAGUCAAUGGGAGCAGGAGCAAGAAUAUCAGGAAGAAGUUGAACGAAUGGUGGUAACAACUUGCAUUUGGGGUUUGAAGGAGCAGAUUGAAGAAAGACUAUGGGAUCAAAAUGCUCAAUGGCAUGGUAACAAAAAUGUAAGUUGGAUUGAGAAGAUCAAUGAGAUUUCCAGUUUGCGUCAGGAAUUAGAUGCCAUUUCAAAAUCUCUGUCAAAUCCUGAAACUGUGACACUGAGUUCUCAGAGUUCAUUGGAGAUCCAUGGCGAUUUGAGUAAUAGUAAAAAGUCUGAACAGUUGCAGCUAAAGGUUCCAGGAGAACAUGAUUCAUCAUCCGUAUCACUUUGGGAAGAAAAUGGAAAGCAUGGAGAAUUAGUGAUUACCGUUCCAGAAAAUUUGGAUGCUACACAACUCAUACACAUGAGAAAGGAGGAACUGAUAAAUUUUUUUAAGGUUGAGAUGACAAAAAUGAAGAGGAACCAUGACUACAAACUACAAGAGGUGACUGAAAAAUAUUUUAGUCUUAGACGGGAGUACCUGAAGGAGAAGGGUUCUUCUCUUCCUUCUAGGAAGGAUAAGGAGUUUGAUGUGUUGAGGAAAAAGAUACCAGAUGUCAUAGUGAAAUUGGAUAGGAUUCUUGUAGAAAAUGAAAAAGUUCCUUUAUUAGCAAAUAAUUAUGAUAACCUCAUCAUCUUGAAGGACCGAUGUGAAACACUUCUUUCAGAAAAUCAUCAACUGAAGGACUCACUUUCUGAUAGGAAAAAGGAAGUUAGCAACCUUUCUUCACAACUUUCUGAUGCUGUGGAGAAAAUGUCACAGUAUUCUUUUGUCAAGGAAAACUUAUUUGAAAGGGUAGAAAACCUUGAGUCUGCGAUUGAGGGUGCACAUAUUGAAGCUUCCAUUAGUUGGGAUGUAUACAAUUGCUUGAUCAGGGGAGCAAUCAGCCAGAUUAAGUGGAUAAGUGAAGAUUCAGAGAUGGAGCACAGUAUCAUGAAAGACAUUUGUAACCUUAUAUUAAAAGAUGUUUCUUGCAACAUGUCACAUAACAGUGAGAGUGGAUUUAAAGAAUCUGAUUUGGAACCUUUAGCUAUGGAUGGACUAUGCGCCAUCAUAUUCAGAGAAGCCUUCACAGAAGCCCAGGAGAAACUCCAUGACUUAAGUUUGAUUGUGUUUGAGAAGGAAAGAAUGCUAAAUUUGGAAGUUGCAAAGAAGAAAAAAUUGCAGCAACAUGUGCUCCUAUUGACGUCAGCCGUUAAUGAAAAGGAGAAGUUACUUAAUGAAACAGCGGCUGAACUGGCAAGAGAAAGUGAGAAAUAUACAGCAGCUUCUCAAGAGCUCGACAUUGCAAGGGAUCGGUCAAAUCAGCAUCAAGUGAUGGUUUCUAAGUGCAAUGAAGAAUCCAGUCUUCUGAAAACUAAUCUCCGACAAGCUUCGGAGGAACUUGAACAAAAAAAGGGGGAGAUAUGUGAAUUAAAUAUGAAGCUUGACCAGGCUGUUAAAGAUUUGAACGAAAGCAAUGAUGAGAGGAGGAAGCUUCUUCUUGCUGCCAAAGGGAAGGAUGAUAUUUUAUCAUUAGUUAAAGCAAAUGAAAAUCAGCACAGAAAACAGAUGGAAUCAAUAAUUAUUCUUGUCCAAGGACUUUUUAAGGAAUUCACUGCUUUAGAAUGUCGAAUUUCAGAAUAUAUGAAGAGGAGUAAUCUAAGGUUGGAAAAUUUAAUCUCCCAAUCCGGUUCUCUAAUUCAGAUGGUAAAUAUCUUGAAAACAAAGGGACUGCAAUAUAAGCGUUUUGAAAGGAGAUGUUCUGACCUUGAAAAAGCUGAAAACGAGGUCGACCUCUUGGGUGAUGAGGUGGAAGUACUUUUUGGCCUUCUCGAGAAUAUAUACAUUGCGCUCAAUCAUUAUUCCCCAGUAUUAAAUUAUUCUGGAAUUAUGGAGAUGCUGGAGCUUGUUAGAAAAGAAUUGAGUGGAGAAUCUAGGAAGCCACGUUGAUUUAUCAUUUCACUGGAUGAAUGGUUGCUUCUUUCCAUCCCUCGUGUUUUCUACCUUCUCAGGUAUUCAGCAUUUGGGAAGGAAUCAUGCUUAUGCAAAAAUUUCGCAAUCAAGAAUUGGAUUUUGCGCAGGUGACCUGGAAAGAGGCAUUGUUAUCUCUGGUGAUUAUGUUAUUCUCUCUGUAUAGAAACUCAGAAGGUAGAUAGCACGUAAAAAUCGUUGACGACGGGCGACGGCUCAUUAGGAGAAGUUAUUUAGAUUUGUUAGCAUUUUAAUGAUAUUCUUUUGACAUGAAUUCAUGGAUUCUCCUAGCUUUUAAAACGUACCAUAGGUUAGCAACUCCACUUCAUACAAGUGUUAUUUUAAGGUUUCUCUACCAUAGCUGUACAGACUUAGUUAGCUAAUGGUCUGGCAAUCCAUGUUCGUGUA